UUGUCCAUGCAGCAACCAAAGCUGCCAACGCACACUUAAACGCAAGCCCCCCACAUCACAUGCAGAAAUCACCCCUCGAUCGCUAGCUAGAGUAUUUCUUCAUAUUCAAACACCUAGCUCUCACCUUUCUGCUUCUUUCGUACUGGUGUGUCAUAUAGCUUCCACUACUAGCUAAAGCUUCUCUCCUCUCUUCAUCAUCAUCUCCAAAAUUAAAAGGGGUCUUUUCAAUGUGUCAAGGGAAUCGAAUAUUAAAUCAUAUGAAGUUCAUUAUCCUCCUUUUAACAUUGGUUCCAACAAGUGCUAUUCGUCAUGAGAAGUUCGAUGAAUCCACGGUGCAACCCAUGCCUGAGACGAGCAUAAAAUGUGGGGAGUGCCCGUGUGUAAAUCCAUGCACUCAGCAGCAGCCACCUCCGCCGCCUCCGCCGCCACAGAUCACUCAGUAUUGUCCUCCACAAGUUCCGCCACCGCCAAGGUUCUACUACUUUUCAGGCCCUCCAGAACCAACACAAAUAACACCACCCUCUCCAAGAUUCACAUACGUGAUAGGCGACCCCCAAGACAGCUUGUAUCCAACUGAUCCCUUUAAUCUGGAGAUCUACAACCGUGCCACGCGUGAUUGUGGUGUCAUCCUAGGACUGCUUCUUCCCAUAAUUUUCGGAUUGCUACAGAUAUUGGCCUUUCUAGGAGCAUAGAAGUACUAGAAUUUUUUCUAGUAAGUUUCUAAAUGUGAUCGUUUACUGUCUUCUGAAAACUGUGGCAAAGGUACUUUUUGUAUCACAAGUAUGCUGUACAAUUUUAUUUUAUUUUUUUAAUA